GCCAGUGGAACAAAGGGUGGGGGCUCAAAAGUCCCUGGUCACCCAGUAAAAACCAGUCCUCAUUUUUCUUGGGAUGCUGGAAGGACACCAGGAGCCGUGGGCACCCCUGGGACCCAUGAGGAUGCUGGGAUCCAUCUAGGACAAGGACACACUGCUCCUCACGUCUAAUGUCCCAGCUCCUCACCCAGUGUGUCCCCUCCAGCCUGCUGUCCCCCUCCCCAGGCUUGGGCUCUGAUUCUUCCCCAAGAGGCCGGGGUGCUGAGCUGGGAUGCUGAGCGUUGGGCCAGCCCUGCCCUCUAGUGUCAUGGGAGCUGCCCUCAGCAGCGCUCAGUCCCCGGCUGCUGGCAGCUGAGUCCUUGCAAACUCUUCACGCAGCCCACAGAGCCAUGCAGGGGCUGGCAGGCUUCCCACGGCCUCGCAGCAUCACCUCCCACCCGGCCACUGCUGCCAAGGGGACACAAGGACGCAUCAUGGACCUUAAAUGGCACCACGGGCAUCCCUGGCAACACAAACCCAUCUCUGGGCUGCCCCAGAGAGUGUGUAGGCAGCGCCACCCCAGCACAGGUGUCCUGCUCCCCAAGCUUUGGGGAUGCGCAGGCGUGCUGGCGCGGGUGAUAACUGCCUCCCCCAGCACUCUGGGUCAAUAACCGGGUGGCCGUGGGGCUGGGACAGCAUGGGGGCACGCCAAUGGGAGAGGGAGGGGAGCGCCCGAGGCUGCUGGUUAAACUGGAACGAGGUGCUGCAGCCUCCCCGCGGUCCCUGCCCUGGGGACUCUGACCCCACGUCGGGAGCCAAGGCAGGGAGCACUGAGCAGCCGAGCAGCCGCUGGGACUGAGCCAGGGACAAGCAGAGCAGUAUGGACCCCACCAUGGAGCUGGCAGAUGACCCCAGGUUCCCCCGCCCGCUGGUGGAGAUGCUGAUCAGGAACUUCAGCGUGCCAGCAGCCUGCUUCUCCCUGCCACCCACCUCCCGGCAGCUGCUGCGGCAGCUGGACGUGGCUCAACUCACCAUCAUGGGCCUCGCCACCGUCAUGACGCUGCUGUCGGUCGCAGUCUUCGUGGAAGAGGCUUUCUACCUCACUCGCAAGAUCCGCUGCCCCAUCAAGAUGAAGACCCUCCGCUGGAGCAGCUCAGCCCCCACGGUUGUGUCCGUGGUCAGCUGCUUCGGGCUUUGGAUCCCACGUGCCAUGAUGGUGGUGGAGAUGGCUACCACGACGUACUUUGCCAUCUGCUUCUGCCUCAUGAUGCUGGUCAUGGUGGAGGGCUUCGGGGGGAAAGAGGCGGUGCUCAGCACCCUGAAGGAUGUGCCCAUGGUGGUCAGCACCGGGCCCUGCUGCUGCUGCUGCCCCUGCCUGCCCCGAAUCACCAUGAGCAAGAGAAAGUUCAAACUGAUGAUGCUGGGGACUUUCCAGUACGCCUUCUGUAGGGUGGUCGCCGUCUUCCUGGGGCUGGUCCUGGCUGCUGAUGGGAACUACAACCCUGCUGACAUCUCUGCGGAGAGCGUGUCCCUCUGGAUCAACACCGUGGUUGGCGCCUCCACCCUCUUCGCACUGUGGGCUCUGGGCAUCCUCUUCCGGCAGGCUCGGCUGCACCUGGCCGAGCAGAACAUGCAGGCCAAGUUCUCCUGCUUCCAGGUCCUCCUCAUCCUGACGGCACUGCAGCCCGCGAUCUUCAGCAUCCUGGCCAACAACGGCAACAUCGCCUGCUCGCCACCUUUCUCCUCCAAGGCCAGGUCACAGCAGAUGAACAUGCAGCUGUUGAUCCCACAAACCUUCAUCCUGGCAGUGGUGACGCGGAUGUAUUACCGCAAGCAGGAUGACAAACCGGGCUACCAGCCCGUCAGCUUCGCGCCCGCAGGCAGCAAUGUCCAGGCGUGAGCAGGAGGGAGUGAGGCCGGGGCUGCUCUGUCCUGUGCAACCAUCUCCUCCUUCUCCUCUGGCCCCAGGGAGCUGUUGGCAGCAGAGGAGGUAGAGAGGGGAAAAGGUAUCUUGGAGCGGGGUGAAAGGUUCUGAAACCUGAGAGCCACAAGCCAAAGGGAUCCGUGAAGCCACCUCUGCCUUGGUGGCUCCUGUCUGGCACUGAAUAAAGAUAAAUUUGUACCUGA